UCCGGGCCGGGUUUUGCGCUGUGUCCCGGGGCUUGUCUCACGGCCUCCAGCCGCCGCCGCUGCCGUGUUUACUGAGCUCGCGCGUCCUGAUAUCACUCCGCUGGCAUGGAGGAGGAGGAGGAGGUGGAGGAGCGAGAGGAGGAGGAGGAGGCGGCGGCGGCGGCGAGCAGUUGAUCAUUGUGAUGGUGGCAGGAGCAGCGGCGGCAGCGGCAGCCCAGCCGAGCGUUAGGGGCUGCUCUCCGCGCGGCGUUUUGCAAAGGACUUCACCGAUCUACUUUUGCAGUCGCCUCGGACUGUCCAUGUGUUUACUUCCCCCAGCCCGAGGAUUCGCUAUCUAGGAUCCUGUGAAAUGCAACUGAGCAGCCAAAGUACUUUGCGAACACGGGGCGGCAUAAACACCAAAACUUUUUUGUGGAAGGAAAAUGCAAUAAGCAAGCUUGCCGUUUUCCGAUGCGGUGUGGAGUGAGUGUGUGUCGCGCGUGUCCGCACUGGAGGCAUAUGCUUGUGUGUGUAUAUGGGGUGUGUUUUUCGGUACGUAGGGAGAAAAUGCUUGCCAACCACCGGAAAUCUCCUGGAAUUUAUUAGAAAAUAAUGGAUUAUAAAAAGAAGGCAGGCGAGGAGCGGAUCUCCCCUUGAGUUGCAACCCGAUUUGCUGCUGGCUCAGUUUGUUGUGAUUCUUUUUGUUGAUAGGUGUCUGAUGGCAUUCUGAUCCCCCCUUUUUUUCUCCUUGAGCUUUACAGUUUUUACAAAAAGGGAAACAAACAAAAAAACCACCCCAAAAAUCUCUCCCCCUUUUUUUUCGCCCCGUCGGGAUCGCUGUUUCCAUCCAUGUGCUUGCGUCUCCCCCGCGUUCCACUUAAACUAUUUUAAUCCUUGGACCCAAGGAGGAGGCUGAUAGGGGGGGUGGAUAAAAAAAGUUCUUCCAAAAUAGUGUGCCCGGGGAGCAGGAUGGGGGAUUUCGCAGCCCCCGCUGCUGCCGCGAAUGGCAGUAGUAUUUGCAUCAACAGUAGCCUGAACAGCAGCCUCGCCGGGGCCGGGAUCGGUGUGAAUAAUACUCCCAAUAGUACUCCAGCUGCUCCGAGUAGCAAUCACCCCGCUACCGGCUGCGGCGGCGGCGGCUCCGGGGGCCCCGGCGGCGGCUCGGCGGCCGUUCCCAAGCACAGCACCGUGGUGGAGCGGCUCCGCCAGCGCAUCGAAGGCUGCCGGCGGCACCACGUCAACUGCGAGAACAGGUACCAGCAGGCUCAGGUGGAGCAGCUGGAGCUGGAGCGCCGGGACACCGUGAGCCUCUACCAGCGCACCCUGGAGCAGAGGGCCAAGAAAUCGGGCGCCGGCAGCAGCAAGCAGCAGCACCAGAGCAAACCCCAGCAAGAUGCGGAGGCUGCCUCGGCGGAGCAGAGGAAUCACACGCUGAUCAUGCUCCAAGAGACUGUGAAAAGGAAGUUGGAAGGAGCCCGAUCACCACUGAAUGGAGACCAGCAGAAUGGUGCUUGCGAUGGGAGUUUUUCUCCAACCAGCAAGCGGAUACGAAAGGACAUUCCCACAGGGAUGGAAGCCAUCAACAGUUUGCCCAACAACAUGCCACUGCCUUCCGCGUCUCCUCUUCACCAACUUGACCUGAAGCCUUCUUUGCCCUUGCAAAACAGCGGGUCUCACACUCCUGGGCUUCUAGAAGACCUAAGUAAGAAUGGUCGACUCCCAGAGAUUAAACUUCAACCCGUUAAUGGUUGCAGUGACCUGGAAGAUAGCUUCACCAUCUUGCAGAGCAAGGACCUCAAACAAGAACCUCUAGAUGACCCUUCUUGCAUAGACACAUCAGAAACAUCGCUUUCAAAUCAGAACAAGCUCUUCUCGGACAUUAACCUGAAUGAUCAGGAGUGGCAAGAGUUGAUAGACGAGCUGGCCAACACGGUCCCUGAGGACGACAUACAGGACCUGUUCAACGAGGACUUUGAGGAGAAGAAGGAACCCGAAUUCUCGCAGCCAGCGACCGAGACCCCUCUCUCUCAGGAGAGCGUGAGUGUGAAGAGUGACCCCUCUCACUCUCCUUUUACGCAUGUCUCCAUGGGCUCUCCCCAGACCAGGCCUUCUUCUUCCGGUCCUCCCUUUUCUACCGUCUCCUCGGCCACCAGUUUACCCUCUGUUGCCAGCACUCCUGCAGCUCCGAACCCCGCCAGCUCGCCAGCAAACUGUGCGGUCCAGUCCCCGCCAACGCCGAACCCGGCCCACACUCCGGGCCAAGCCCCACCCCGGCCUGGAAGCGGCUAUCUCCUCAACCCGGCGGCGGUGGCCGGCUCGGGGCCGGGGCCUGUGGCCGUGGCCAGCUCCGACAUGUCUCCAGCCGAGCAGCUGAAGCAGAUGGCGGCGCAGCAGCAGCAGAGGGCCAAGCUCCUGCAGCAGAAGCAGCAGCAGCAGCAGCAGCAGCACUCAAACCAGGCUUCCAGCUGGUCUCCGUUAGGCCCGCCGUCCAGUCCCUACGGCGCAGCUUUCACUGCAGAGAAACCAAAUAGCCCCAUGAUGUACCCCCAAGCCUUUAACAACCAAAACCCGAUAGUGCCUCCCAUGGCAAACAACCUGCAGAAGACGACAAUGAAUAACUACCUCCCGCAGAAUCACAUGAACAUGAUCAAUCAGCAGCCAAAUAACUUGGGUACAAACUCCUUAAACAAACAGCACAACCUGCUCACUUAUGGCAACACUAAGCCUCUGACCCAUUUCAAUGCGGACUUGAGUCAGAGAAUAACGCCGCCCAUGGCCAAUCCCAACAAAACGCCCCUGAUGCCAUACAUCCAGCAGCAGCCCCCGCAGCCGCCGCAGCCGCAGCUCCAGGCUCCCAGGGCACACCUGAGCGAGGACCAGAAGCGCAUGCUUCUCAUGAAGCAGAAAGGGGUGAUGAACCAGCCGCUGGCCUACGCCUCACUGCCAGCCCACGGCCAGGAGCAGCACCCAGUUGGGCUUCCCCGGACCACCGGCCCCAUGCAGUCCUCUGUGCCCCCAGGCUCAGGCAGCAUGGUCUCAGGCACCAGUCCUGCGGGUCCAGGCUUCCUGGGCAGCCAGCCCCAAGCGGCCAUCAUGAAGCAGAUGCUCAUUGAUCAGCGGGCCCAGCUGAUGGAGCAGCAGAAGCAACAGUUUCUGCGGGAGCAAAGGCAGCAGCAGCAGCAGCAACAGCAGCAGCAGAUUCUGGCUGAGCAGCAGCUGCAGCAGCCCCAUGUACCCCGGCAGCACCUCCAGCCACAGCGGAAUCCGUACCCCGUGCAGCAGGUCAAUCAGUUUCAAGGUUCUCCGCAGGACAUAGCAGCCGUGAGAAGCCAAGCGGCCCUCCAGAGCAUGCGAACGUCACGGUUGAUGGCACAGAACACAGGCAUGAUGGGAAUGGGACCUUCCCAGAACCAAGGGACAAUGGCCACAGCCGCCGCCCAGUCAGAGAUGGGAUUGGCCCCUUACAACACCACGCCUACCAGCCAACCAGGAAUGUACAACAUGAGCCCAGGAAUGACCCAGAUGUUGCAGCACCCAAACCAAAGCGGCAUGAGCAUCGCACACAACCAGGCCCAGGGGCCGAGGCAGCCCACCUCCGGGCAAGGGGUUGGGAUGGUGAGUGGGUUUGGUCAGAGCAUGCUGGUGAACUCAGCCAUGACCCAGCAGCACCAGCAGAUGAAAGGGCCUGUGGGCCAAGCUUUGCAGAGGCCCCAGGGCCCCCCAAGGCUGCAGAGCAUCAUGGGAACAGUCCAGCAGGGAGCCCCGGGCUGGCAGCAGAGGGCCUUACAGGGCAUGCCUGGGAGGACUAGUGGGGAGUUGGGGUCGUUCAGCAACGGCGCCAGCUACUCGCUUCAAGCCGGCCAGCCGAGGCUGACCAAGCAACACUUCCCACAGGGGCUGAGCCAGGUUGUGGACGCUAACACGGGCGCCGUGAGAACCAUCAACCCGGCUGCCAUGGGUCGGCAAAUGAUGCCGCCGCUCCCGGGCCAGCAAGGGACCAACCAGGCCAGGCCGAUGGUCAUGUCUGGCCUAAGCCAGGGCGUCCCCGGCAUGGCAGCCUUCAGCCAGCCCCCAGCCCAGCAGCAGGUGCCCAGUGGCAGCUUCGCUCCAAGCGGCCACGGCCAAGCCUAUGAGCGGACUGCCCCUCAGGACAUGUCUUACAGUUACAGUGGAGAAGCGGCCGGGGCGUCCUUUCCCGGCCUCUCGGACAGUGCCGACCUCGUGGACUCCAUCAUCAAGGCCGGGCCAGGGGAUGAGUGGAUGCAGGAGCUCGACGAGUUGUUUGGAAACCCCUAGUUCAGAGGGGCCCCAAAUGGGAAAGAGAAACAGGAUGUGGACCCAUCCUUGUUUUUUGUUUUUUUAUCCCACGUAAACUGAGCAGAACUGCAGCUGGCUGACAGUGGAGGAUCCAGGUGCCGAUCCACAGCCCUGCGGGGCGUCAUUUCACCUGGUUUUCACACCGCAGUCGAGCCGAGACACUGUGCGGACCCGGCUGCGCGAGGGAGGCACACCGGAGGCAGGUGGGCAGGUCGCACUUGAGCCCCCAUCUCAACACGCCCUGUGGUCCUAAGAGCUGCUCUGGCCCCAGGCAAGGACGGCCGUCCAAGGCGAGGCAUCCGUCAGCCCCUUCUGGCCCAGGUGCGGAGGCUGCAGCUCUGGAGACCCAGAGACAGAGCCUCGGGCAGGAGCCCCACAGAGGCUGCUGGGUGGUUGCACAGCCAAGAGCGUGGGUCAGACACGUGCUGAGCUCUGGCUGGAAGAGCUGCCAGGUUCCCGACCUGCGACCGGAUGUGGAGGGCAGGCAGGAAGCGUUGUGAGACGUCGUAGGGAGACUGCAGAGGAUCCUGCAGGCCCAUCUCCUGCCCCGUGCUGACCCUCAGGAAUAUCAGAGGCGUUGCUCUUGGCUGUCUCUCGAGGAUAGCCAAGUGAGCUGGGAAGAAGGUUUGUCCUGCUGUCCCAGGGCCAGCCCUCUGCUGGUGACCCUACUGGCCAUCGCUCCGGGUAGGGGGGCUGGAGCCCAGUACCACAGUGACACAGCAAGGCGGUUCCCAUCUACUGACGGCACCACAGGGUAGAGAGAACCAGGCGGACGCUGUGUGCCUGCCCCAUGGCCGCCUUCCUCUCCCACCCACCUUUGUCCCUCCUUGUGUCCAUCUAAGCACCUUCCAAGAAGAAAUGAAGCUUCUGUCCAUAGGGAGCCUGGGCAGAGUCCAGAUAAAUGCAAGAAGAACUUGGACAAUGCCUGGAUGCCAAGGCAACACUGGAGUGUUCUUUCUCUACCAUGCGUGGCGCGGAGCGAAUCGUCUCUGCCUGGAACUGAGCAGGCCCCGUCGGGGUCACACACUGCAUCUGGCACUUCUGCUGUCCCCAGGGGGCCGGCCUGGAGGGCUCCCUUUGGGAAAACUCCAGGGGUGAUGCUCCAACAUCGGCCUUGCCCUGAACCCCUACUUACUGGAAAGACAAGUCUAAACCCCCGAGAGAGGGGUCACUGAAAGAGCAAUCGCUCCACCUUACACCUUUGAUGACAAAAAGGAGGGAGACAUGGUUCCUUUCGUAUGGGCAAACUCAUCCACUCAAAAGUCCUGUACAGCUGUUCUCUGUCAUUCACUCAGACCCCCCCUAACUGAGGCCUGUCGGAAGGGGUCAGCAAGCCCUGGUGGUGAAGCUUGUCUCCUGUGUACAAGAACUUCGUGUAAACCCUCCCCCCUCCCACUGCCCCGUUUUGGAGGCCGUGUGGCGUAACUGGUCCUCAGUGAGUGAGGGGGUGUGUGCUUUCUCCCCCGCCCCUCCCUCCGGGUCCUGAAGGCUGGCUCCCUUUGGGCUGUCACAGUCAACUCGCCACACCGGAGCCCGAGCCGGGGACCGCGGGGAGCAGGCCUGGCAGCCCUGGGGGAAGGUCCUGCGAAGGGAGUACAGAGGGAAAGCUGGGUGCACAGCGGGCAAACCUGCCCUGACUUGCUCGCCAGGUCCUAAGGUCAUAGGUCUAUUCAGAAGGGGCAGGGCGGAGACAGAGGUGGCCAGGCGGGCAGGCGCCCAGGCAGGGGCCGUGCCCUCUCUGGGAAGAGGUGUUAGCAGGGUGACCGUGAACACCCUUCGUGGGGAGAGACACCCCCAGGGAAACUCCUGCGUGGAAACAGAUGCAAACCAAAAUCAAAAGUAAGCAAGCAAGAAGACGAUAUGUAAUUGCCUUUUUCUGAAAGGUACAGGAAACAAAUACAUAAGCAACGAUGAGAAGCUGGAGGUGGCUGCCGGACGGGGUCCCUGUUCCUUUUCCAUCGCUUCCUCCGAGUGCUCAGUCCUGGGACCAACGAAAUAGGUAGAUUUUAAUAACGUCGUUUUGGUUUUGUUUUUACUACGGUGCUGAUGUAUAUGUAAUGUCUAAAAAAGUUAUUUGUAAAUAAGUUUUUACAGUACUGCAGAUAUCACUGGGUCUACUAUCUGUAAAAAUAUACAUAUAAAUAUAUAUAUACUGUUUGUUUAAAAUAGAGUAUUUUUAUUUCAUCCCGUAACUCAUCAUCACAGCAAUGCUAUUGCACUUCAGAUGACAUCUGACUACUGAUUUGUACUGUAUGGCAACUCGCUCCAUUUAUUCAGAUUUUUCUAGUUUUCUCUUUUUACUUUGUACAUUGAGCAUUGCUUAUUUCCUCUUCAGAAAUGUACAGAACUCUGAAAUGUAGAAAUGAUGUUGACAUACCACUUUUAAA